AUGGUGGAUCUGGAGAGCGAGGUGCCCCCGCUGCCCCCCAGGUACCGCUUCCGCGAUCUGCUGCUGGGAGACCAAGGAUGGCAGAACGACGACAGGAUGCACGUUGAAACAUUUAGUUUUUUUUCUCCUUUGAAUAAGGUACAAGUUGAAUUCUACAUGAAUGAAAACACAUUUAAAGAGAGAUUAAAGCUAUUUUUCAUUAAAAACCAGAGAUCAAGUCUAAGAAUACGUCUGUUCAAUUUUUCUCUCAAAUUAUUAAGCUGCUUAUUAUACAUAAUCCGAGUGCUACUAGAAAGCCCUUCACAAGGAAACGAAUGGUCUCACAUCUUUUGGGUGAAUAGAAGUCUCCCUCUAUGGGGAUUGCAGGUCUCCGUGGCCUUGAUCAGUCUGUUUGAGACCAUCCUGCUUGGCUAUCUCAGUUAUAAGGGAAAUAUCUGGGAACAGAUUUUACGAAUUCCAUUUAUCUUGGAGAUAAUCAACGCGGUUCCUUUCAUUAUCUCAAUAUUCUGGCCUUCCUUACGGAACCUGUUUGUUCCAGUAUUUCUAAACUGUUGGCUUGCGAAGCACGCCUUGGAAAACAUGAUUAAUGAUCUACACAGAGCCAUUCAGCGUACUCAGUCUGCCAUGUUUAAUCAAGUUUUGAUUUUGAUAUCUACAUUACUCUGUCUCAUCUUCACCUGCAUUUGCGGAAUCCAGCAUCUGGAGCGAAUUGGAAAGAAGCUGAAUCUCUUCGACUCCCUCUACUUCUGCAUUGUGACAUUUUCUACUGUGGGCUUUGGGGAUGUCACCCCGGAGACCUGGCCCUCCAAGCUGUUUGUGGUUGCGAUGAUCUGUGUUGCUCUGGUGGUUUUACCCAUACAGUUUGAGCAGUUGGCCUACUUGUGGAUGGAAAGACAAAAGUCAGGAGGUAACUACAGCCGCCACAGGGCCCAGACUGAAAAGCAUGUUGUUCUGUGUGUCAGCUCACUGAAGAUCGACUUACUGAUGGACUUCUUAAAUGAAUUCUAUGCGCAUCCGCGACUACAGGAUUAUUACGUGGUGAUUUUAUGCCCUACGGAGAUGGACGUGCAAGUUCGCAGGGUCUUGCAGAUUCCGAUGUGGUCCCAGCGAGUGAUCUACCUUCAAGGCUCAGCUCUCAAAGAUCAGGAUCUAUUGAGAGCAAAGAUGGAUGACGCUAAGGCCUGUUUCAUUCUGAGCAGCCGUUGCGAGGUGGACAGAACCUCAUCUGAUCACCAAACAAUUUUGAGAGCAUGGGCUGUAAAAGAUUUUGCUCCAAACUGCCCUUUGUAUGUCCAGAUAUUAAAACCUGAAAAUAAAUUUCAUAUCAAAUUUGCUGAUCAUGUUGUUUGUGAAGAAGAGUUUAAAUACGCCAUGUUAGCUUUAAACUGUGUAUGUCCAGCCACAUCUACGCUUAUUACACUACUGGUUCAUACCUCGAGAGGGCAGGAAGGCCAGCAGUCACCAGAGCAGUGGCAGAAGAUGUACGGCCGGUGCUCCGGGAACGAGGUCUACCACAUUGUUUUGGAAGAAAGCACCUUCUUUGCGGAGUACGAAGGGAAGAGCUUCACCUACGCUUCCUUCCACGCGCACAAAAAGUUUGGUGUCUGCUUGAUUGGGGUGAGGAGGGAAGACAACAAAAACAUUUUACUAAAUCCGGGUCCUCGAUACAUCAUGAAUGCCACGGACAUAUGCUUCUACAUUAACAUUACCAAAGAAGAGAAUUCGGCCUUUAAGAACCAGGACCAGCAGAGAAAAAGCAACAUCCCACGGUCGUUUUACCCGGGCGCCUCCAGACUCCCGGUUCACAGCAUCAUUGCCAGCAUGGGUACGGUGGCAAUAGAUUUGCAAGACACGAGCUGUAGAUCAGCAAGCGGGCCCACCCUGUCCCUCCCUGCCGAAGGAAGUAAGGAGCUGAGGAGACCCAGCAUCGCUCCUGUGUUGGAGGUGGCAGACACGUCAUCCAUCCAAACCUGCGAUCUCCUGAGCGAUCAGUCAGAAGAUGAAGCUACCCCUGAUGAAGACAUGUCGUCAAACUUGGAGUAUGCUAAAGGUUACCCCCCUUACUCCCCGUACAUCGGAAGUUCACCUACCUUUUGUCACCUCCUUCAUGAGAAAGUGCCAUUUUGCUGCUUACGACUAGAUAAGAGUUGCCAGCAUAACUACUAUGAAGAUGCAAAAGCUUAUGGAUUCAAAAAUAAGCUAAUUAUAGUUGCAGCUGAAACAGCUGGGAACGGAUUGUAUAAUUUUAUUGUACCUCUCAGGGCAUAUUAUAGACCAAAGAGAGAACUUAAUCCCAUAGUACUGCUGUUGGAUAACCCGCCAGAUGUGCACUUUCUGGAUGCCAUCUGUUGGUUUCCAAUGGUUUACUACAUGGUGGGCUCUAUUGACAACCUAGAUGACUUGCUCAGGUGCGGCGUCAGCUUUGCUGCCAACAUGGUGGUGGUGGACAAGGAGAGCACCAUGAGCGCCGAGGAGGACUACAUGGCGGACGCCAAGACCAUCGUGAACGUGCAGACCCUUUUCAGGUUGUUUUCUAGCCUCAGUAUCAUCACCGAGCUUACUCACCCGGCCAACAUGAGGUUCAUGCAGUUCAGAGCCAAAGACUGUUACUCUCUUGCUCUUUCAAAACUGGAAAAGAAAGAGCGGGAAAGAGGGUCGAACUUGGCCUUUAUGUUUCGCCUGCCUUUUGCUGCCGGAAGAGUAUUUAGCAUCAGUAUGUUGGAUACCCUUCUUUACCAGUCCUUUGUGAAGGAUUACAUGAUUUCGAUCACCAGACUUCUACUAGGACUGGACACUAUUCCUGGAUCAGGAUUCCUUUGCUCUAUGAAAAUCACGGAGGAGGAUCUGUGGAUCAGGACCUAUGCCCGGCUCUACCAGAAGCUGUGCUCCUCCACCGGCGAUGUCCCCAUCGGCAUCUACAGGACCGAGUCUCAGAAACUUACUGCAUCUGAGUCUCAAAUAUCUAUCAACGUGGAAGAGUGGGAAGACACGAAAGACUGCAAAGACCCCGGGCACCACCGCAGCCUGCACCGCAACUCGACCUCCAGCGACCAGUCGGACCACCCUUUGCUCCGCAGGAAGAGCAUGCAGUGGGCUCGAAGACUGAGCAGGAAAGGUCCAAAGCACUCUGGUAAAACAGCUGAAAAAAUAACCCAGCAGCGACUGAACCUCUACAGGAGGUCAGAAAGACAAGAGCUUGCUGAACUUGUGAAAAAUAGAAUGAAACACUUGGGUCUUUCUACGGUGGGAUAUGAUGAAAUGAAUGACCAUCAGAAUACUCUCUCCUACAUCCUGAUCAACCCAUCCCCAGAUACCAGACUUGAGCUCAAUGAUGUUGUAUACUUAAUCCGGCCAGAUCCCCUGUCCUACCUUCCAAACAGCGAAGCCAGUCGGAAAAACAGUGUGUGCAACGCCAUGGGACAUGACUCUCGAGAGGAAACGCAACUUUGA